CUUUCCAGGAAGAGUUUUUUGGAUUAAGAACAGAACCAUUCUAGUGUGACAACACUGGUACAAUGUUAUAGUAGGAUCAUGCACCGUGUUUGAUACCAGACCAGGUCCAAGUCAUCUUGUGGAACGGAAAAAAAUGUUCAACGAUAAAAUAAUGUGAAUCAGCCUAAUGAUUUUAGCAUUAACUACUUCAGUUUAAAUGACUCAACUUUGGUUUAACUAUAACCGCAAGGAAAAAACAAGGAUUCUUUAACACAAAGAUAAAGUCCACUGUUCAGAAUAAAUGGAGAACAAAGAUCUGCCUCUUAUCGCAAAUGAGUUCCAGGAGAAUGGGUCAAUGUUUGAAGAAUCACUUGAUGAGUUUGUUGGAAGGAACCUCUCGAAAUUGAACCUCUGUGAAGAAAGGCCAACUGGGAGACGAAGGGUACCAAGCAAUUUUUGCAACCAUUGGAGCUCAAUGGGAGGCAUCAAAUGUGCGAUAGCUGUCCUAUAUCUACUCAUUUUCCUCAUUUGCAUUGGAAUUAUCAUUGUUGCAGUUCCCAGACAUCAACGUUCACCUGUUGAUUGGAAAAUAUUGACAGACAACAUUACAACCUUAGGUGAAGGCUUCAAAGGCAUGCAUCAAACAAUGGAGCAGAAGGCAUCCCAGGAAGAUGUCAUGGAUAAUAUUUUGAAACUACAUGAACUUUUCCGGAAUCGCUCAGUGCUCUGGCUUCAACUGAGUGAGUCUGUUCAGAGACUGGAAAACAAGCUACAGAGCUUUGAGGCACGCAUGGAUGACAUUAACGCAUCUGUGAAUGAUUUAGAAGAUGAUUUGCAACAGUUUAGUUUAACAAACAGACAAGAAAUAUACAAUUUGACUCUAAGUUUAAGUAUUGCACAGGAUACACUCCGAAAACAACAAGCAAACUUGAAACAGAUAACAUCUAAUGUAGGAAAUCUGACUAGGCAGGUAAAGGAGGUACGUUGGACACUAAAUACAGUCAAUAGCACCUUCACAGAGGACAUUAGCCAGUAUCACAUAAGACUUCAGCACUUUCAAAUACGUUUAGCAAAUGUAUCAGAAGAUGCAAAGAUCUUGAAAGUUGUUCAGCAAAACACAGAGAAACAACUGAAGGAGGAGGUGGCCAUGCUCAACAAUGUCACAGAAGAUCUGAGGCUGAAGGACUGGGAACAUUCACUUACUUUGAAAAAUCUUACCUUAGUGCAAGGACCCCCUGGACCAAAAGGUGACAAAGGUGAUCAAGGAUUGCAGGGGCCUGUUGGACUAAGUGGAUUUCCUGGAGCUGAUGGGAUGUCUGGUAACCCUGGAAUACCUGGAUUACCAGGCCUCAAAGGAGAUCCUGGAGAGCGUGGGCUACCUGGGUUUUCUGUCAAGGGACAAAAAGGAUCAUGGGGUCGCAGAGGUGAGAGAGGAAGAAAAGGAGAAAAGGGGGAGAAGGGUGAUAACGGAGAAAUUGGGCCUGUGGUAAGACUGGUGAAUGGUUCAGGACCUCACGAAGGCAGGGUGGAGGUUUUCUAUGACAAGCUGUGGGGAACAGUGUGUGAUGAUAAAUGGGAUAAGCUGGAUGGAGAAGUGGUCUGCAGGAUGCUUGGCUAUAAAGAAGUUUCUGAAACUCAUACAGCAAAGCGGUUUGGACAAGGUACAGGGCGUAUCUGGAUGGAUGAUGUUGCCUGUACUGGAACAGAGGACACAAUUCUCCAGUGCAAAUUCUCAGGAUGGGGGAAGACUAACUGUGGGCAUGCAGAAGAUGCAGGGCUCAUUUGCAAGGUUGACUGAUUUGAAAAAGGAAACCCUUAAUCAUUUGAAGAACAUCACUCAUUUUAAAUCAUUUUUGUUUCUACUUUGAUUUAUUUUCACCUAUUAAAAAAUUACAAAAAGCAAACCUAUUCUCUACUUUCCAUGAUUUUAUCAUUUUAUGCCACAACAUCUGUGGAAAACAAUUAUAUUCAGAAGUAUUAUCUGUGAAAAAGAUAAAAUAUUAUAAUAAAUAUUAUGUUGUUUGAUAAUCAUUUUAUGCACUGAAGAAUACAGAUCCCAAUUUUAUUGUGCAUGUUGCAGCCAUGAAUAUUGAAAAUCAACAAUUCAAUAAAUGUUACCACUGUCAUUUGUUCUUGCUAUUGUAUUGUGCUCCAUUAAAAUGUGUGUGCUGGAACCCAAGGUUGGUUAAUAUUCCAGGGAUUUGAUCCUGACCUCCAGUGCUGCCUGGCUGGAGUUUGUACAUUUUCCCUCUGAUUGUGUGGGAUUCCCCCUCAUCCCAAAGACAGGUUGGUAGAUUAAUUAGCUACUGUAAAUUAUCCCUGGUACAGCUGGGUGGUUGGAAAAUCAGAAGGGAGUUAAUAGGUAUGUGAGUGAGAAUAAUUAUAGGAAACAAGUUGAGGAAAGGGAUUAAUGGGAUUGCUGAGAGCCUGCAUGAACCUGAUGGACUGAACAACUCUCUUCUAUGUCAUUAUAAAAUUUAACACAAUAUGAAAUAUGACAAACAGAAUCCAUAUUAUCUCAGUUUGUUUCAAUAUUUAAUUGUCCUUCUUAAAAUAAAAAAAUAGUGCAUUCACUAAGAUAUUUGAUGAAAUAUUUGCCUUCUUCCCCAAAACAUGAUCAUAUUUUGUUUAAGGCUUUGCCACAUUUAAUAUUUUGAACCUCCAACAUAACAGGGCAGCAAUGGAAUGAUAAAUGCAGCACCCAUGGUUUUUCAUGUGUUAAAUUCCUAAUCUCCACUAUGAAAGAUAAAGGCAUAUGCUAUUCAACCAACUGAGCCCAUUCUAUCAAUUGGCUGCAUCAAAGGUGAUCUAAACCUCCAUCCUAACGAUGUCUGCAGUCCAUAUUUCAUAUUUUUAAAAUUUGACUGUUUACAAUUAUUAUUGUCUAUUAUUUGUCAAGGUAGUUAUAAAAUAAAAUCUAUUUUCUUAAUCUCAAAAGAAUUAAUUGGCUCAAUAUCCACAGCCUUUUAGGGAAAUUAUUUUCAGAUCCCUACAGCUUUAUGUCAUAUGAUUUUAUUCCUGAAGGAUUUAGUAUUAAUUUUAUUAUAUUUUUCAACUCCUGAUUUCACCCUAAUUUCUUUUUGUCUAUCCUUUUGAGCCUGUUUCUACACCUUGUUAGGGACAGCUCUCAACUUUUUAAACUCAAGGAAAUAUAAGUCAGAUUUCUUCAAAUUAUAAUUAAACCAUUUCAGUUUCAUACCACUUCCAAGGACAAAAGGCAUGAAAUUUGAAUGAGUAAGUUUUUGGCAAACACUGGGCCCAUUUGUGGACCAAACUGACACUUGAAAUGCCUUGGAACAUUCCUGCCUAAAGUGUACUGGAGGACAAAAUGGUAAAAGACAAGAACAUGGUGUCCUUUAACUACUCCUGAAGCAGGCAUUAGGCAGUUUGAAUGAAAAUAAGAAUGCUGACACCCAGUUCUGAUCCCUGUUAAAACUUCGGUUUGCCCUCAGACAGCCAACACUGAAUUGGAUUCCUCCAAGAAAACCAAUCCUAUUCAUAAUAGGAAUUCUACUGGAAUAGGAAUAGAAGGUCCACUGCCCUCUCCUACCUUCUUCAACCUUUUGCCUCUUCUACCUAUCACCUCUCAGCUUCUUAUAUUACUCCCUUUCAUCGCCCCUCUCCCACACACCUUCCUUCCCCCUCUCACCUGGAUUCACCUGUCACCUGCCAGCCUGUGCUCCUCCCCCUGCCCCGAUCUUCUUAUUCUGGCUUCUGCCCUCUUCCUUUCCAGUCCUGAUGAAGGCUCUCAACCCGAAAUGUCAACUGUUUAUUUCCCUCCAUAGAUGCUGCCUGACCUGCUGAGUUCCUCCAGCAUUUUGUGUGUGUUGCUCCAGAUUCCAGCAUCUGCAGAAUCUCUUAUGUCUCCUAUUCAUAAUGUUCUUCCAGUAUUCUAAUCACAAUGGUAAGUACCCAUCACAAUGAGUGCUGCUCCUCGUCUCAAACUUUCUAAUCUUCUUCCUGGCUCAGACUUCUGGAACUUCCCUAAUCCCCUCCAUGACAUUAUCUUUGAUCUCCUAGUCCUUCCCCAUAAAGCAUUCCCUAUUCACUGCAUGUGAACUUGCUAUCUGAUCACCAACAGUGCUCCUGAGACCUGUAAUCUCCCACUCCACUCUCCAGUCCACAGGAAUACGCCCAAAGUCUGCAAUGUUCUAUCUAACCCUGCACAUGGAUUCUGAAGACCACCCACUCAUUUUCUGGAGAGUUGUGAAUAAACCUCAGCACUUAUCUAGAAGCCAGACCACAAGCCAAUACAGACUACUUCAACAUUAUGAUGAAGUGCAGGGCCCAGAUUCCAGGGCUCCUUGGACCACUUGAGCUCAGACUAUUAAUACCACAUCAGUAAUCUGCCCAAAACGGUCCCUUCAGAAUUUCUGACCAAUAUAGCCUUGCUUCAUAGGACUGAAUGCCAUGCUCCAAACCGGACCAGGCCAAAGCUCUGCACAACUGAGGAAUAACUCCUUCUUCUUUGUACUCCAGCUCAUGAAAUAAGGCUGACGUUCUACUGAAAUUUAUGAUUUGCUUUUGUACCAGUCUGUUUGUUUUAAUGAAUUGGGCAAAUGGUCACAUAGGUUUCUUUCACAAUUCCUAGCUUGUUACUAUUUAGAAAAUACUUUAACUUGUCUGUGUUGCUUCUGAUCUUCACCUGCCUCUAUUUUAAGCACCUAUUUAAUUUGAUGAUGUUGUUACUUAAUCUGGUUAUUCUCAUUUACAAAUUUACUGUGACUUCCAAGUAAACUUUAAUAUGCAUCUCUCUAUACUUUCACCUCUGAUGAUGAUGUUCGACAGGGUUAACAGCCAAGGCCACAAUAAGAUCUCUGGGGCAGACUGCAGCCCCUAUCCUUUAUCUUGAUUUUGCCUUCUAUUCUUAACCAAUUCCCCACCCAUACUGCAAAGUAUUACCUAAUUGGAUGUGAUAAUAUUUUGGCCGGUAACAUUUUAACAUAUGCAGUAAAUGUCUGGUGUUUUUUUUAUUCUGAGAGAAUGGCUCUAAGAAUAAAAAGACUGGUGAAUAAAAAAAACUAUGAUUCCUUGUUCAACUUAAUUCCAAGGAUGUGGCGAUUGCUACCAAAGCCUGCAUUUGCUAGUUAUCAUUAGUUUCUCUGAAAAAGUUGGUGGUGAGACUUUUUGAACUAUUGUUGCCAACACAGUGAAUAUUCUUCCUCAUUAUUAUUAGGCUGGGAGUUCUAGGAUCUUGAUCCCAUUAUACUAAAGGAUCAGAGAUACUGUAUAUGUUCAAGUUAGGGAGCUCUGUGACUUGCAGGUGAGGGAGUUGCUAUGCAACCUUCUUAAUGAGGGAACUUGAGGUUUGUGAGUUACUGCUGAAGGAGGCUUGUUUGAACCAUUAUAUUUCAGUCUUUAAAUAAUGUACCACAUCAUGAUAAGGAGUUGAAUGGUUAGGCUUGUGCAUGAAGUAGGUAAUGGUACAUGACAGAAGGAGCUGUAAAGUACAGGGAGAUUACAAUAGAAACAAUUAGAUUUUUUACAUUUGAAAUUCAGCUUUGGAAAAAAAGCACGUUUAACAUUUGGAAUUUAUAGGAGUCAUUCUUUCCCUGUGUUCCUUCAGUGAAGAUAGGGUCAUCUGUGCAAACCACAGUGCAUACAUAAAGAUGCCAGACUGUGCCAGGGACAAUUGGCUGUUUAUUAAUUUGUAAGGGAAGGUCUGGUGUCACAUUAAAACCACACAUUAAAGUCAUGGGCUGCUGCCAGAUGUCCCCUUGUUGUCCCAGCUGCCUGACUUCCAAUCUAUGUCAGGCUCUGACUGGUGCAUGCACUCCUAAUACCUUAAUAAGGCUAACAGUUCAACUAGUCUUGUUAGGUACUAGUAAAUUCUGCUAGAAUCCAAUAUCCAGGCCAAGACUGUUCAUAUUUAUCUAAUUAUGGGAUCACUGCAUCAGAUUCACUUCAGUCUGAUUUAAUCCAAUGCCUUUUUCAUACUUUGGUGUGCUGUUUUUUGGAGAGCUGAAGUAUUUUGCAGUCCUUGUAUAUCAUUGUUUUUGUUUCUCACCACUAUGCAC